AAUUAUUUCAGUUUUUGUAAGUUGAUUUCCAAGAUUUUUCAUGUUGUUAUUUUCCACUGGAAAAAUUUGAAAUUUUGGGAAAAUGAGAUUCUUUCCUUUCUUUUUACAUGCGAAAAGUUUCAAAAUUUCCCCUUCACUUGUUUUCCAGGAAAACUUUGAAAGUUUAUUUUUAAUUAAUUCAGUUAUUGAAGGUUGAUUUCCAAGAUUCCUCAUGUUGUUAUUACCUACUUGAAAAAUUUGAAAUUUUGGGAAAAUGAGCUUCUCACCUUCCUCUUUACAUGCAAAAGUUUCAAAAUUUUUUCUUCACUGGUUUUCCA